AUGUCGAAGGAGAGACAAGACAGACAUACAGACAUCAGUCACGGACAAGCGAGCCACCGAGCGACCGACCUCGCAGCCAUUAUCCGACAGACUCACAACUUGGUACCACCACCAAGCCAUGUGUCCAAGCAGGCUGAGACCGAGAUCAAGAACCUGAGACCUGUGUCUCUCGAUCACGCAAGCUUCGCCGGCUCGGCCCUCCACACGAUCAUGGAGGGGUCGGCUAUCCAAGAUGAGCAGCUCGACUCGACUCUCGAUCCCCCGCCCCGGAUCUUUGAGCGCCUCUCCCAGAUCGCUGGGUACACGUGGGAUGAGUCCGCCGCGCUCACGCAUUCGAGCUAUGACAACUGGCACGUAUUUGGUGUCCGUUUCGCCCCUAGAUACUCUAGUAACCAUCAUGCUACGAGCCCGACAUCCUUUGCCAGGAGCCCUCCCUCGACUUCGAGCCGCAUGUCUCCCGGCGAGCCGCCCUCUUCGGCCUCCAAUGGACCCCUGAGCGAAGGCAGCAUGAACGACGACUCUACGGCAGGAGCAGUGGUCGAAGAGGCCGUUGUCGCGAGGGUCUCUUAUCACGUCCUCCGAGAGGAGCGCGCGUUUCACAUGAUGAAGAAUUUAAUUCAGACCGCAGACCCGAAUCAGGAUCACACUAUCAUGCCCCUCGAUCUGAUCAGGCUUGCGCCUCAGCCUGGCGAUCGGGGCCAGAUUAUCGUUUCAAUAUAUCAGUCACCAGGACAGAGUUUGUUGCCCAAGAUAAUGGACCUGGGUCCUGCAUUCUAUAUGUGUAGGAAGGUCGAGGAUAAAUGGGUGUCAAGCACACAUGACAAUCACCAAUUGGGCCCGCCCAUCAGCCUGAAUCUCUUCCUCGAUUUCGCAAUCGGCGCGACGCAAUGCCUCGAGAUGAUCCAUCACGGUCUUGGGAUCAUACACGGUGAACUCCGCGGUGACUCCUUCCAUUACAACGAAGAAACGAAUAAGGUGAAACUCAUCACGUUCGGUUCUGGGCUGCGGUCGUUCGAGCAUGGUCUCACCAGCACGGGAUGGUCAAGCCUUUCGAGGGAACUUGGGGCCAAGCACAAGCUCCUUCACAUCAGUCCCGAGCAGACGGGUCGCAUGCCCGCAGAGCCAGACACGCGCACUGAUAUCUACUCGCUUGGCGUGUUGUUCUGGAUGUUGCUGACGCAGAGCCCUGUCUUUGAUGGUGACACUCCGCUGGAUAUCGUACAAGGCGUGCUUGGCAAGAGAGUCCCUAAUGUGUCCACCAUUCGACUUGAUGUGCCUGAUGUGCUGGGGAGAAUCAUCCAGAAAUGUACGGCCAAGAACGUGGGAGACCGGUAUCACUCGGCUAGCGGCCUCCGUCACGAUCUGGUCAAGGUGCAGGGGUUUCUAUACGACAAUGACUGGCUGGCACUCAAAGAGUGGCGUAUAGCGUCCCGAGAUGUUAGCUCAUUCUUCAUGCUGCCAUCCAUGAUGAUCGGGCGGCAAAAGGAACGGGCAGAGCUCUUGAGGGUUGUGGAGCGCGUCGCAAAAUCCCACGCAAUGAGCCAGAAGGGAUCAAACCGAUUCUCUGACGGAUCGACCUGGUCGAACGACAUGCUCGAUGGAGGGGACGUAUCUAGUGAAGGCGCCAGCUCGGAGGGUGGAAACAGGCAGAGCGGUUCUUACACUACGAUGACAGACCCCAAGUCUCGUAGCAGCAUGAUCCAUUCAUUCUAUUCGACUGAAUCCCAACCUCUGCCUGGUGGGGACGCUGUGUCUUUGGGCAACUCCACCCCGCAGACUCGCACAGCGUCAAGAGCGUGGGAGAGGCAUCAGUCGAUCCCUUUCGAAACGAGGAGUUUGGUCAACAGUCUAGGAGAAGAGCGACCAAACCCGGAUUCGUCCUCAAGUCUUUCCAAGCAGUUGGGUUCGGCCAAGUUCAGGAGGCGGGGACAGUGUGAGAUUGUCACCAUUGAAGGAGCUGGCGGGCUGGGGAAAAGCUGCCUCGUGCACUCUGUCCUUGCGGAUGUUAGGCGGAGUGGGUACUGCGCAACGGCAAAAUUCGACACGGCUAGGAGGACUGCAUUUGGGCCUUUGCUCAAGCUGCUUUCCUCACUCUUCCGUCAGGUGUGGGGCGAGCGGAAUACUGAGACCCAAUUCCACCAGACCCUGAAGACGUAUAUCCGCCCAGUCUGGCCCAUGUUGCACAAGCUCCUUGGCCUUCCCGAGUUCCUGAUCGGGCCCGUCGAUGCGACAGUUUCUAGGUCGAUGUCGAAUUCUUCGGGCGCCACGAUACAGAGAAAUCGGGCUCCGGGAGCCCUCAGACGACGAGGUUCAUCUCCGGGAGGCUCUCAGGAUUUCCUGCGCACUGGUGCUUCGACCAAAAGCCUUCGGCUCAUGAACACCUUUCUUGACGUCCUACGGAUGUUUUCCCAACACAAGUUCAUCUGCUUCGUGCUGGAGGACCUCCACUUUGCCGACGAUGAGUCGAUAGAGCUUAUCACCCAGAUAAUCAGCGCAAGGCUCAGGCUUGCCAUUAUCAUAACCUACCGUUCUGACGAGAUGUCCCCUGACAAGGUCAACAACAUCAUAUCACCGCCUGAAUCCGAGGAUCUGCCGAAGUUCGGAUCACCAAUCGUUACGCGGAUACCUUUAUCGCCUUUAGGAGAGGAGGAAAUCGUCCAAUACGUUUCGACCACGCUAUGCAAACCCAAAGAGGAGAUUCUGCCACUUGCCCUUGUCAUCCAGUCCAAAUCUGGCGGGAACCCGUUUUACAUGCGGGAAAUGCUUUCUGCAUGCCACCGGAAACGGUGCAUUUGGUACGACUACAAGACAAACCAGUGGGAAUUUUCUCUUGACCAGCUCUUUGAGGAGUUCCAAGGCAAACAAAACUACGAUGUGCUGGACACCAACUUCAUCACGCGGCGGCUUAACGAGAUGCCAGAGGCUUCGAAGUGUCUCCUGGCCUGGGCGGCCUUGCUAGGCCAUUCCUUCUCAUUCGAGCUCAUCUGUCACCUCCUCAGCGGCGAAUGCCAAGAUGCCUGUGGGCAGUCUCCCGCAGAGCACAUUCACAAGACCUACACGCAGGAGGAGGCGGUGGCAGGAUUGCAAGCUGCUAUACAGGCAUAUAUCAUUGUUCCGGGCGACGUAGACGAUCGCUUUCGAUUCGCCCAUGAUCACCUAGCCCAGGCCUCCAGACAAUUGAAAAUAUGCGAGGCUCGUACAAUGCACUUCACCGUGGCCCAAGUCCUCAUGAAAUAUUAUGCGGAAGACGGGAAAUCGAAAGACAACAUUGCUUCCCAUAUCUGCGAGUCCGUGGACAUCAUCAGACAACGAGUUAAAACAAGGCGACCGUACCGGCAGCUACUGUUCGAUUGUGCGAAGCUCAGCACAGAACGGGGUGCUCGACCGACUGCUGCGAAGUUUUACACUAACGCCGUUGCUCUGUUGCAGCCCGACCCGUGGAACGAUGAAGCCGAAGACGUGUCUUACGAAGAGACCAAUCAGCUAUACCUCCGGGCGGCAGAGUGCUACCUUUACAUGGGUAAUCACGGUGCCGCUAACGCUCUCCUGGGAACAAUCUUCCUGUCCGCACGAUCAGCCUUUGACAAGGCGCCCGCCUCUGUGCUGCGAUCUAGGAUAUUCGCGCAGGCAGGUGACGCUGAAGAGGCACUGGCGUGUCUGUUGCAAUCCCUCAGGGAACUUGGGGUACCAUUUGACGAUAAUCCGACAUACGAGAAGUGCGAUGCGGAGUUUGAGAGAUUGGCAGCGAAGAUCCGCUCGAUGGAGCGCAGCGAGAUCAUCAACCCGCGCCACACGGUCGACUCAAAUUUGGCGUCUAUAGGCGCGGUGCUCGCUGAUGCCAUCAGCUCAGCCUGGUGGAGCAAUUGCCUCAUGUUUUACCAUCUCUCACUGGUGAUGGUAGAUGUCCACUUGAGUCGUGGCGCAUUCCCGAGUUCCGGGAUGGCAUUCCUCCACGUUUCUAUGGUCGCUCUCAGCAGACACAGUCUGACAGAGCUGGCCCUCGACCUGGGCUCGAUUUGUCUCGACUUGCUAGACAAGUAUCGUGACGCCUUCUCCAUGGCUCGUGGAUACAUGCUUUACGCCAAUUUUGUUGGUCAUAUCCAUUACCCUCUGAGCGUCGCAGUCAACCAAGUCGAAGGUGCCGUGGAAUACGCAACCGUCGCGGGCGACCGAACGUCGACAAUCCUGAGCUUUGGACUCUUGGCCCAGCUCAAAUUCUUUGCCAGUGAAAACUGUGCCGACCUUGAAGCUUUCUGUCAAUACGGCUGUGAAGAUGUGCCAAAUUGGCACCAGGACACGAGGGGCGGAACCCUCCUCAUUGCAGUGAGGCAGGUUGCUCGAGCACUACAAGGAAAGACACGAAAUUUGAUUGCUGAUGAGGUUAUGAAUGAUACCCAAACUUCCCACAGUUCUGCAUCCUACAAAGCAUGGCUAGAGGCGAACGCGAAAAACGGCGGUCGGUCUUUGAUAUGGUACGAGACCAUGGAAAUAAUACCCCUUUUCCUGUUUUCUCAUUACGAGAAAGCGGCACAACUAGGCAAACACUGCGUUGCCAACGAACACAUCAUCUGGUCUGCCCGAAACACGAGGGGUGCCAUGCUGUUCUAUGGCUUGUCUCUCGCGGGCCUUCUCUUCCGCAAAUUCGAGGACCCGCGCACCAAGGACAACGAUAUAGACGAGCAAGUCGAAGCGACGGUCGAAACUCUGGUGAUGCUACGCAGGAAGAUCACAGAUUGGGAGGUUGUAUCCGAUGUCAAUUAUCUGCCCUGGUCCACUUUUCUUCAGGCACAGAUACACGAGCUCAGAAGCGAACAUGGCUCAGCCAUCCGCGCAUAUGAGGAUGCUCUGGAUCAUGCAUCCGAGCAGAAUCUGGUGUUCGAGGAAGCACUCGGCAAUUAUCUCAUGGCAGGUGUCUUCAUUAGACGCGGCGCACGGAGAUCAGCCAAAUCUGCACUCAGGGACGCUGUCGGCCUUUUCCGAUUAAUGGGUGCCACGGGCCUGGCCGAUAGAAUUGAAGAGGAACACAGUCUCCUGCUUCACGGGCCUACCCGCAAUCCUCGGACGGCUGAGGCUUCUGCGCAGACCGACUUCGCAGGCGACGCAGCACCAGUACAGUUCCAUCAUGUAGACGGAGAGGCAGAGGAGCCCGGCCAACCAACCCAAGUCGCCAUGGGCGAGCUUCAAGAGAAUAGGAUAGGGGCCUGGCGAGGCUCCAUGCACCAACCUGAGGCCGGCGCCGGCCUGCCUGCUUUGGACAUGAUCGAUCUGCAUGCCAUUUUAGUAUCGUCGCAGGUGAUUUCAUCCAUCCUGGACGUCCAAGAGCUCCUCAAGACCAUGGCGGACGUGGUAUUGCGCUGUUGUGGAGGCACCGCCACCUUAGCGGCCAUCAUUGUGGACGACAAGAGUCAGUGGUGCGUUGCCGCCAGCGGGGACCCCGAAAAGGGAGCACAGGCCCACAAGCCCGGAAUACCCUUGAGCGCUUCUCAGCACCUGGUCGCUGAGAACGUGGUGUUGUAUUGUACUCGGUUCAGGGAGGCGGUCUUCAGCGCUGAUAUCAUCAGCGAUGAAAGAUUCGGCGUCAGUGAGCAGUGGCUCCAGAAGAAUCCCCAGGGCAGAGCCAUCAUCGCUUAUCCCAUCUCUCAUGGGUCGAACCCUCUUCUUGGCGUCCUCUACCUUGAGGGCAACCCCAAUUCGUUCACGGAUAGAAAUGUCACAGUCCUGCAGCUCCUCGUUAACCAGAUCGGCAUCAGCUUCUCGAACGCGCUGUCACUGAAGGCCAUUGAAAAGGUCUCGAGCGAAAAUGCUAGCAUGAUCGAAUCGCAGCAGCGUGCCUUGUUGAAGGCUCAGGAGGCCGAGACGAAGGCCAAGGCUGCUGAAGCAGAGGCCAGGCGCAACGAGAAGCGAGCCGAAGAGGCGGCAAAGGCAAAGUCCAUUUUCCUUGCCAACGUCUCACACGAGCUCCGAACUCCGCUCAAUGGUGUCAUCGGAAACUCGGAGCUCUUGAAGGACUCGGAUCUGUCCAAGGAGCAGCUCGAGAUGGCCGACUCAAUCAGGGUCUCUGCUGACCUACUUCUCACCGUCAUCAAUGACAUCCUGGAUUUUUCCAAGAUGGAAGCCGACAAGAUGAAGCUUUACAUCACUGCCUUCAACCCGGAGGAGAUGGUCCGCGAGGUUGUCCGAGCUCAGUCAUAUAGUAAUCGGGAGAAGACAACACGGCAGAACGUCAAAAUAAUCAAGGACAUCAACUUACCGCCAAUGCUCAUCUACGGCGACCCGAUCCGUCUCCAUCAGGUGCUCGGCAACUUGAUCUCGAAUAGUCUGAAGUUUACGGAAGACGGGUCGGUGACCAUUGGGUCCCGCUUGGAUUCUGAGACUAAGGACAAGGCAACGUUGACUUUCUGGGUCAAAGAUACCGGCAUUGGGAUCUCAGCAGAGCAGAAGGCCAAGCUUUUCCAACCCUUCAGCCAGGCUGACACGAGUACGGCUCGAAAAUACGGCGGCAGUGGUUUGGGUUUGUCCAUCUGUAGGAGCUUGAUCGAAACGAUGAUGAAGGGCAAGAUCGAGCUGGACAGCCAGCAGAAUAUUGGGACCACUGCGUGGUUCACAGUCACAUUUGACAAAGCAAAUCCCGAUGUGACAGCAGGCGACCCCCGCGCCCUGCCCGAAACAUUUUCGCGGAGGUCCUCUGAUAACGUCAAUCGGGAGCCGUCGCCCAACCCCUACCUGGAUCUGUCACAGGUACCCAAGGAAUCACUUCGCGUCUGUAUAGCCGAGGACAACGCCAUCAACCAGAAGAUUGCCAUUCAGUACAUCCAAAGGCUAGGGUACAAACAUGUGGAUGCUUACGAUAACGGGUUGAAGGCAGUUGAGGGCCUGCGCCAGAAGGCUCUGGAAGGAGAACCUUACCACGUCAUCCUGAUGGAUGUACAGAUGCCAGUGAUGGAUGGCUAUGACGCGACUAAGCUCCUCCGUAAGGACUCACUCGAGGCGGUCCGCAAGAUCCUGGUGAUUGCGAUGACGGCAAGUGCAAUACAAGGCGACAGGGAGAAGUGCCUGGCUGCUGGCAUGAAUGACUAUCUGGCGAAGCCUGUGAGAUCCGACGUGCUCAAAAAGAAACUGGACACCUACGUUGGUGGUCAGGCACCUCCCGACCGUAAAGUCAGCGAUGUAUCCGUAGCUAGUGUCCAGUCAGCCACCGCGACAAGUCCGCCUCCGUCUCUGCUCGAGCACAACGGAUCUUUGGUUCCGGUGAAAGAGAAUAAACAGCUACUGUCCAGCGGCGCCGACCACAACCAGAAGAGCAAACAAGACAUUCCCGGUCCUCCCAGCAGGACCUCGAGUGACAACCGACUGUCUGAUACUGGCUCAAUAGAAAGUGCGGCAGGCAAAGUUCGGAACAAGUUGACGAAGAACCGGCUGAGCCUAGAUGCAUCUGGAACUGCUGAAAGCAAAGGAAAAGAGAAAGAGAAGGCCAAGGCGGUAUUGAAGAAGAAGAACCCGCAGGACAGGAGGGAGAGCCUCAGCGUUGAUCCGAAUGAGCAGCAGUGA